AUGACGAAUCUAUUGCAGGUUAUCUCAAAAGCGAGACAGGACCAGCAGUAUCAAGCAAGACGAGAAGAAGAAACGGCAAAAUCCAACUCACGCCGUGUUGCCUCGAAUCUGGAUUGGGCUGAGGGAUACCUUGAUGGAGGAGAUUCUCAUGUGUCACCGAGGUCGCACGGGGGACUGGAGCCCAUAGGCGCAGCUCUCCAGGGGAUCCUGUGCCUUCAAAUGACGAAGCGCGGUGGAUAUCGCGGGGUAAUACCUAAUGAGCGGGAGGGCGUGAGCCGCAUCGUGGGGAAUGGACGAAGAAUCGCAAAGCUCGAUAAUUCACAUUCUGGCCACACAUAUGACGAUACUAAUCGGAAACCUGCUGCGUCGAUCAGUAUUUCGGUUUGGGGUUUGAGGAUCGGAACGCGAUGGGAACAAGGACAUGUACCCGACGGGGGCGAUCAGAUCUGGUAUAUCGAGGUGCAUAUGGAAGAAUCAGAUGUAAGGCUUCGAAUCAUCAUAGUCAAGAGCACGUUUUCUUCAUUUAGAGAUAUCAUAACUAAGCGUAAACUUCGCCAAGAAUUGGCUGAGGUGUUUGGGUGGUUAAGACGCGAAUGUCGACAACCGAUCGUCAAUCGGCCCGAGUUGAUCGAUGACAUCGAAACCCGCCAACACCUGUGUAACGCUCGGAUUUUGCCUCGCGAGCACACUGGUCCACGAUCGUCACACAUCACACAUUCUUACGGGGAAACCCCAAGGCCAAUCCGGCCAAUGGAGCUCGGCGUUUUGAUUGUUCCUAAAAGGGACAUUCGCGAAACGCAGCAACUGGAGCCCGAACAGCUCAUCAAGGGAGGAUUGGUGGCGGCACCGUUCGUCACCAGACACAAAACGGACGAAAGACUCCCCACACGAGGAGAAGAGAUCCCCAUCCCAAAUCAAAUGAACGCACAGGUAACAGUGGCCCCUGUGGAAUAUCGAGAUGGUGCGGGCUGGAGAACUCCACCGCGUGAAGUGGACAUUUUCAACGACCGAAAGUACCGAGACUGA